GUGGGCACAGGUGGGUGGCACUGGUGGGCACUGGUGGGUGGCACUGGUGGGCACAGGUGGGUGGCACUUCUGGGCACAGGUAGGUGGCACUGCAGAGUGGCACAGGUGGGUGCACUGCUGGGCACAGGUGGGGGCACUGCUGGGAACGGGUGGGCGGGGCUAGUGGGCGCACUGCUGGGCGGAACUUGCGGGUGUCACUGCUGGGCACCGAUCAUCAGGGCACUGAUCAUCAGUGCCCUGAUGAUCGGUGCCGAUCCCCGCUCUGACAACUGCCGGUUCUCGGCAGUACUUUCCUCACGAUCUGACAGCGUGAGGAAAGUGGAGCCGAGAACCGGCACUUGC